AUGACAGGAGCACCACCAUUGACAGGAAUUCGCGUUCUGGAAUUCGCAGGCCUAGCUCCAGGACCUUUUGCAGGACUUCUUCUAGCAGAUUAUGGAGCAUCAGUCCUACGUAUCGAUCGCGCAGUUCCUAAUCUCACCCAUUCUUCCUCAAUUCCUCCACCAACCUCCGAUCUCCUUACCCGACACAAAUCCUCUAUUGCAGUUGACCUCAAAGCAAAUGCGGGAAUAUCCUUCGUCAAGUCUCUGGUUGCGCAUGCUGAUAUCAUAAUUGAUCCAUUCCGGCCAGGGGUUUUGGAAAAACUGGGACUCUCACCAGAUGUUCUCCUCAAUCUCAAUCCUCGUAUCAUUCUUGCCCGAAUGACUGGGUUCCGCCGUGACGGGAAGUACAAAGAUAUGGCCGGGCACGAUAUCAACUACAUAGCAGUUUCAGGGGCAUUAUCACUGCUUGGGCGUAAAAAUGAGAAGCCAUUACCACCGGCGAAUAUACUUGGGGAUUUUGCGGGAGGAGGAGCUACGUUGUUUCAGGGAAUUUUACUCGCCUUGCUAGCGCGAGAGAAGAGCGGAAAGGGGCAAGUUGUGGAAGCGAAUAUGGUCGAUGGGAGUGCAUAUCUUGUAACGUUUCCGAGAUUGUUGAUGAAGACUCCUAUGUGGAAUAACCCGAGAGGAGAGAAUACAUUAGAUUCGGGGAGCCCGUUCUACGAUACCUAUGAAACAAAGGAUGGGAAAUACAUGGCGGUGGGUGCUCUGGAACCACAAUUUUUUAAAGAGUUGGUUAAGGGGCUAGGAUUAGAAGAGACUGACAUUGAAGAGACGAGAAUGGAUAGAAGUACAUGGCCAAAAAUGAGGGAGACUUUCACCAGAUUAUUCAAGGCCAAAAAGAGAUCUGAAGAAGGUGAUCAAAGACCGAUCGUUACACUUAGAGAGACACCGUCUCUCGCAAUAUCUAAACAUAAUAGUCAGGACCCAUCAAUUGGCCAAGGCCCUGGCGUUGAAGGAGGAAGUUACACCGGCAAGCCAUUAUAUCCUGGACAAGGUGGGGAGACAACAAUCGAGCAAUGGCUAGGAUGGAAAAGAGGAAAAGACUAUGAUAUUGAAAAUGGUGGUUUGGUUAUGAAGAGCCAUUCGAAAUUAUGA